ACAAGGUUAGCUAAAAUGGCUGACAAGAAGCUACCAUGGGGAUUGCACAGCGAAGGAUUGGCCCAGGGCUCGUUAAAAACAAUAUCACAAAACAAAUUGAAAGCUUUCAGUGUUGGUCAGAUGAAUGUUGGACUGAAGAAAACAUCUAAAAAAGAAUCUGAAGAAUUAAAGAAAAAGGUAAAUGUUCAAGCAGCAGCUAAAGUUUAUGAAGAGUUUGUUGCAGCUUUUUCUGAGUCAACAUCCACUCGUGGUAAAACCUUUAUCAGAGGAAAUGUCAUUGAUCCAGAAACUAAAGAGGAAAAAGCUAGUAGCCAUGGCAGCAAGUAUUACAAACCUACUGCAAAGAUGCAGGAAAUUAUUGCAAAGCGGGAAUCAAAACCAGAAAAGCCAGAAAAACCGAGUGGUAGAAAACCACACAAACUCUGGAAACCGCCAUCAAAGGAGGAGUGUGAAGAAAUGCUCCAUGAUGACACUAGAAGGGAUUCAAAGAAAAAUAAAGAGAAGGAGAAAAAGAAGAGUAAUUUAGAGUUGUUCAAAGAAGAACUCAAAAUUAUCCAAGCAGAAAGAGAAGAGCGACAUCGAAUAAAGAAAAUGAUGCGUGGUGGUGGUGGUGGUGGUGGUGGUGGUCACAGUAUUGCCAUGAAUGUGGCUGGACCUGGUGGGCCAAGUGGAUCACCUGGUAUUGUGGCAGGUGUUGGUGGAGAAGAGAACACUAGAAGAAUGUUGGAUGAGUACACCACAGGUUCACAUGAUGCUGGUGAUCCCUUAACCACUAAUCUAUAUAUUGGUAAUAUCAAUCCAAAGAUGACUGAGGAAGACCUUUGCAGAGAGUUUGGUAAAUUUGGGCCUUUAGCCAGUGUUAAAAUAAUGUGGCCAAGAACAGAAGAAGAAAAAGCUAGAAAUAGAAACUGUGGUUUUGUAGCUUAUAUGAAUAGAAAAGAUGCAGAAAGAGCUCUGAAGAUGCUACAAGGUUGGUUUGUUUCAGAGUAG